CCGCAACCAGGCAGUCGCAGUCCCAAAUGUCUUGCUAACAAUUUAAUAAUCGAUUAAACAUUGCACCAAACAAUAAGAUACAACGAGAAUCUCACACAACGCAUAAAACUUAACAUAAAACAUUAUAAAUCAUUAAUUCCCUGUGUUAUUCUAUAUUUACCUAUAAAAAUAACCAAAAUGAUUCACCUAUAAUUAAAUGUUUGAACAACAAAUAAUGAACCGCAACAAACUACACAAUCGUUCCCUGGACGAGACUGACGAUCUCGUCGACCUGGAAACAAUGACGACAAUGCGAAUGAAUCGCGACAGCCGCGAUCGUGAAUUCUCCAAGUGUCGCGACGACGACUCAAACCUAUCAAACGCAACAUCCACACACUCCGACAGUCACGUAAUGAAUCUCCAGAGUGCCCCGACUCCGAUGAACCCCAGCAUGUGGUCCGGUAUGAUGGGAAUGAGUUAUCCCAUGGUUGGCAUGAAUAUGAUCAUGGAUCCCAAUGUAAUGACAAUGAAUAACUAUGGAAUGAUGCCACCGAUGAAUCCAAUGAUAACAGCCACAUCUGAAACAUUAUUAACCACACCAGCAGCAGCAGAUUCUUUACUGAUUAACACUCCUACUAAAGAGAUAGUACACUGUAAAUCAUGUACAUUGUUUCCGCCGAGUCCUACUGCGCCUGCGCCGACGACACGUGAACGUCCACCAGGAUGCAGGACGAUUUUCGUCGGUGGAUUACCAGAGAAUAUGACUGAGGAGAUUAUUAUGGAAGUAUUUGAACGGUGUGGUGAGAUUACCACGCUGAGACUGAGCAAGAAGAACUUUUGUCAUAUUAGAUUCGUUUAUGAGGCGUCAGUGGACGCCGCCAUCUUUUUAUCUGGGUAUAGGGUUAGGAUUGGGUCGAAUACUGAUCCACCUAACACUGGGAGAUUACAUGUUGAUUAUGCGCAGGCUAGAGAUGAUCAAUAUGAGUGGGAAUGUCGACAGCGGCAGCUUCAACGAGAGCAAAGACAUCGAGAACGCAUGGAAGAGGAACGUCUACGGCCGCCAUCACCGCCUCCGGUUGUCCAUUACACGGAUCAUGAAGCCUCUGCGGUUUCAGAGAAGAUUAAACAGGAUGAUACGUUCACAAAAGCUGUUUUGGUGGUUAUUACAUGGUUGGAGAGAGGUGAUUGCAGCAAACGCAACGCAAACAAUUUCUACUCAAUGAUUCAGUCUACAAAUUCACACGUGCGGCGUCUUCUCACCGAAAAAGUCCAAUACGAAGAGGAGUUGCAGAAAGCGCGUGAAAUCAUGAAGGGACGCAUGCAAGGCAUUCUAUUGCAAUUCAGUCAAAUAGAGCGCUUAUUCAAUGCUGCGUGUCACAAGAAGGUCUGGGACCAUUUCACCAAGGCGCAGCGAAAGAACAUCGAGAUGUGGAAGAAACAGUCGAUGGAGAUAAAAAACGUGCAAAUUGAGUUGGAAGCCGCGUCGCAGGAGCGCGGCGAUGACGAAAUGGACGUCUCGGAUGAAGAGGAAGCCAUUCCACGCAAACGGACCAAAGUUGAUCUUGUACAAGAUGAAAAUGUUCAAUUAAAAGAUGAGAAUAACGCUUUACGCAUGCAAAUGGAAGCAUAUAAGAAUGAGGUGGAAGUUGUUAAAAUGGACCUCCAGAAAGACUUAGACGAUAAAGAAAAACAAAUAAAAGUCUUACAACAAACUUUGCAUGGAAUGCAACAACAAUUACUAGACGUAAAGAAAAAACAAGCCGAAGAAGAAUCGCGAUCACGCGAAUUACAAUCCAAGCUAAAACAACAAAUGAUCGACGGCACCAUAAACCUGGACGAUACUGAAUCAGAAAAAACCGAUUCGAUAUCUUCCGAUUCUUCUAGUCACACGCAUACUCACACACCGCUACCAGUCAAUGGUUCCACCUCCGAAGCAACGAAUCUCAACACUCUCAACAACGCAGACGCACGCCUCGUUGGAAUAAUCUCAGCUUUCCUCAACGUGCAUCCCUUCGGCGCCGGUCUGGAUUAUAUCUGGUCAUAUGUGACCAAACUAGAGUCAAAUCUACGCCCCUCUGACCUGGAGGUGUUAAUGUCACGUUUCCCAAGCGUCUUUAGUCAGGAGUUGGUCGGCAUCGGCGCUAACAUCGAACGUCGAUGGUUGUUCAAUGCAUUUAAGUCAUAAACGCCGAGUUAAAUUAAUUUUUUUUACUAAGAGAAUUCAAAAAGUCCCUACUAGCUAUUUAAAGCUCUCGUAGAGUAUGGAGAGCAUCGUCGAUAUAAAAAUAUAAAAAUAUACAUACAUAAACUUAUCAGAACCCCACCACUCGGAUAAAAGUGAAAGAUAAAAACCAUAAAGAAAUUACCGCAAGGUGACACUUCACCUAAAUGGCGGUUUCGCCCCAGUUUGCACCGGCAGCGCCUUGUGCGCAUGCCUAGAUAUCUCCACAUUCACGCCCGGCCGUCGAAUCCUUCGCAAUAGUUCCGUGGCUUUGUUUUCUUUCUGUUUGCGGAUGCGCGGCGAUUGUCGCGCCGGUACACCCUUCGCCAUACGCUUCGAAGGCGUCGGUUGCAAUUCUAAAACGACAAAAUACCAAAUAUAUAAUUUAAUAUAAAUAUUGUACAUGGUUGAGGUUAGUUUGAGACAUGCAUGGUUAUGUGAGUUUAUCGCGAAAACUGCUCAGGCUCGCGAUGGCGUUGUGAAUCACUUCGCCGGCGAUCGCAGUCAGAGACUGAUGAAUAAGCCCACCUUUGAAGAGUGAAUUGUGUGAUGUCGCAAAAGUCGAAUCCAUGUCCGUAUUAGAAUCACCACCCUCCGAACCUUCAAGUUUACGCUUGCCGGUGCGUUUUAUCGUUCGCGAUGGAUCCACCAGUGUGGUGACAGUAAGCGCUGAAUUACUCGUUGUCCCGGAUGCAGUGCUCAAACCCGAAUCGCCGCCAUCUUGUAACUCUGACGCAUUCAUCGUAUGCAACUUAUCAAACACAUCUUGCAUUUCCUUGGUGACCAAACCACGUUUCGUGAGUAAAACAUGCCAGGUUUGCAGUAAAUGCGAAGAUUGCUCCAUAAACUCGCCACGUUUUUGUAACUCAAACGCUUGCAUACUGACCAGCGCUUCGAAUGUGUGUUUCUGUAACAAUAAACACUAAUUUUCAAGCAAA